AUGUCAGCCCUCCACAUCGGCCAACGCCUGAGUUACUCGGGAAGCCUGUGUACCGUUCGGUACAUUGGGCCCGUCACUGGUACUGAUGGGGAAUGGCUGGGAGUCGAGUGGGACAAUGUCUCCCGGGGUAAACAUUCUGGUCAGCAUGGUGGGAAGAGGUACUUUGAAGCAAAGCUUUCCAACUCCUCUACCUUCAUCCGAACAACCCGCGCGCCCGACCCGCCUGUCACCUUUCUUGAAGCACUGAGGAAUAAGUAUACGACUGAGAAGGAUAUCUCGUUCGAGAUUGGGAAGCCAAUUAGUUUGUCAGCUACAAAGGUGUUUGAGGAAGUGGGGUUUGACAAGAUCCUUGAGAAGCUGGGCCGGUUGAGGGAGUUGGAGGUUGUGCUUUUGGAUGGGAUGAGGAUUGUGCGUGGGGAUGGGGCCACGGAGGUUCUUGAUACUUGUCCCAAGAUUGAGGAACUGGAUGUUUCCAGGAAUCUUUGGGAGGGGUUGGAGGAUAUUGCGGGAGUUUGUAGGGGGUUGAAGAUGUUGAAGGGGUUGAGGAUUAGUGGAAACCGCUUCUCCUCCCUAGAAAUCGGAGAUGGAGACCCCCCAUUCGAAGGUGUUGUCAGUCUAGAAGUCAACAACACACUCUUUGACUGGGCCGAAGUUUCCCAUAUCCUCCAAUUCUUCCCCCAAAUCCACACGCUUUUCUCGGCCAGCAACAACACCACCGAAAUACCCAAAUCAAUCACACUCCCACACACACUAACAACCAUAAACCUUGAGCAGAACGCCUUCACAUCCCUCUCAUCAAUAUUCCCGCUCUCCAACCUUCCUCAGCUAAAAAAAUUGAUUCUAGCGCAUAACACUAUCUCGACGGUUCACACACCCGAGUCCUCUCCUGUGGUAUUUCCGUCUCUCGAGCAUUUAGACCUUAGCUUUAACUCGCUGGGGACAUACCCUCUGCUGGACCUUCUCCCGCCUCUGUUCCCAUGUUUGACAUCACUGAGAAUCUCACACAACCCGCUGUUCAGCAGCACACCUCUGGAAGAAGCGCAUAUGCUUGCUGUAGCUAGGACGCCAGCGAGAGUUAUCACGCUGAAUUACAGCAAGAUAACUGAAUCCGAGCGUGCUAAUGCAGAACUCUACUACCUCAACCAGAUAGCGAAGGAAAUGGCGAAAGUAGAGGAAGGAAUGGAAGAUACUGUUUUGCGGGAUCAUAAACGUUGGGAGGAAUUAUGCGAAUUACACGGUAAACCUAUCAUAGACAGAAGCACCGAAGAAAAAAAGACGCUAGCAACAAAACUCAUAGACCUAGAAUUCCUAUCAGAAGGGAAAGAUCCACUAGUUAAGAAGAUCCCAAAGUCACUGUCGAUAUCCACACUCAAAGGCCUUAUCGGCAGAAUGUUUGGCAUCGCGCCGUUGAAGGUGCAGAUGGAGUACCACCCGCUAGAGGAGGGUGGUGAUUUCAUACCGCUUGAUGACGACAUUAAAGAAAUAGGUUUUUAUAUCGACAACAGGGAGGGCAGGAUUAAAGUCGCUGAGAGGGCAUAGAUUCAGCGCGGUUGUUAUCGUAAAAAAUAAAUAAAAAGGU